GUAUUUUUCCUUUCCCUUAUAAAUAACUCCCCCAAAUAGAAUAGUUUCCAAAUCGACACACAAAACCUCACGAAAAGACCAUAUGGGAAAGCCAUCGAGAGUAUCUCAAGCGAUCUUCCUCCUAGUCAUCCUUGUGUUGACCACCGGAGAGACGGUGGAGGCGAAACCAUGGUGGAAGAAAAUCGGAGAUGCUGUCGGAAGAGUAGGAGAAGCGGUGGGGAAUUACAAAGCAGUGGAGAUGGGAUUGUCUUUAAAAGGAGGAGAAUGUGUGAGAGAGAUUAUGUCUGUGACUACGAAUAUAUUCAGUGAAUGGUGUAUAGCUAAAAAUGAUCCAAGAGCUCCCAUAUAUAUGAAGAUUGAGCAUAUACCAUCUGAUGUGACAAUCAACUCCCUUUUGAAGAAGCCUGUUGAUUAUAUCCAGUCACAUUAUCCCAAUUUCUUGGCAGCUUGGAACUUUAACAAGAAAGCUAAGAGGAAGCCGAGACGUGCACUUUAAUUCAUUUCUUGUUUGUGUUUUGUCUAUUUUUGAGAUGUGCAGAUUCGGUAUUUCCCGAUUGAUAACAA